UAUCGGGAUCACUACUUACGCACUCACGCAGAAAGGAUUCCUCCGCUGGGUCAUUUAGUCCCUCCGCGCCGCCCUCCUCGCUUCUGCCACUGCUGCUUCUUUCCCGGGACGCCGCCGCGUCGGUGAGGCAGAAAGUGUUUAUCAUGUUGGGCUCUGGGUUCAAGGCUGAGCGCUUGCGAGUCAAUCUGCGCCUUGUCAUCAAUCGCCUCAAACUGCUGGAGAAAAAGAAGACUGAGUUGGCCCAGAAGGCAAGGAAGGAGAUUGCAGAUUACCUGGCAGCCGGAAAAGAUGAGCGUGCCAGGAUUCGUGUGGAGCACAUCAUCCGUGAAGAUUACCUUGUGGAGGCCAUGGAGAUCCUGGAGCUGUACUGCGAUCUGCUGCUAGCCCGCUUUGGCUUGAUUCAGUCCAUGAAGGAGCUGGACUCUGGCCUGGCAGAAGCAGUGUCUACGCUGAUUUGGGCUGCACCACGACUCCAGUCGGAAGUGGCUGAAUUGAAGAUUGUUGCUGACCAGCUGUGUGCCAAGUACAGCAAGGAGUAUGGGAAGCUGUGCCGGACAAACCAGAUUGGGACAGUAAAUGACAGGCUGAUGCACAAGCUGAGCGUGGAGGCGCCACCCAAGAUUCUGGUGGAGAGAUACCUCAUCGAGAUUGCCAAGAACUACAAUGUACCCUAUGAACCCGACUCAGUGGUGAUGGCUGAAGCCCCUGCAGGAGGAGAGGCAGAUCUGAUCGAUGUGGGAUUCACAGAUGAUGUGAAGAAGGGUGGCCCUGGAGGGGGAGGAGGUGGUGGAUUUACAGCCCCGAUGGUUGGUCAUGAUGGAUUAGUACCCAUGCCAGUGAUGAUGCCCAUGCCUAUGCCCAUGCCAACACCAAAUCCACCUGUUUCCUAUCCACCUCCAAAGGGACCGGAGAACUUCAAUGGCCUGCCAGUGGGGACCUACCAGCCUUUCAGUAACAUCCAUCCACCACCAAUUCCAGCAGACCCACCAACAUACGAGUCUAUCGACGAGCCUAACCCCGACAAGGACACUGCUGCGCCGGCGGCUGGGCCUGGGCCCAAGCCAGAAGCUUCUCCUAAACCAAGAGCUGGAGCUCCUAAUACCUUUGAUAACUUUGUGCUGCCUGAAUUACCAUCCGUGCCCGAUACGCUGCCAACAGCAUCUGCCGGCGCCAACUCUUCUGCCUCUGAAGACAUUGACUUUGAUGAUCUUUCUCGGAGAUUUGAGGAGCUAAAGAAGAAAACAUAAAGCUGACUGGGCUGUCGCUCCAGCGUGAGGGGCGGGAGCUGUGAUGGCUGCUUCUCUCUGAAACACUCCCCUUGAAAUCGGUUUCCUGUAUUAACCUCCAAUGAACGCGCUCUUCUUUUUGCGCUCUCUUCCUGCUGUACUUAAACCAAACGCUGCCGCUUUCCCCAUCUUUGUUGCUCCAGGAGGUGAACUGUGGGGAAUCCUGUGGGACUGGAGCAGGGAACAGCCCUUGUCAGUCUGGGUGACUGUACAGGAAACCUGUGUGUGACGUUUUGGGAGCUGUUCCUGGCAGAGAAGGGGGGUGAAGGCUGAAAUGGGAUGGGGUUUUCUUCUCUCCCUUGGUGGUCUCAAGCAUCAUCCACAAACUGCCCCUCUCUGCUCGGUGGCCUGUAUGGUAAGGGUAAUUAAAUCCUUUCGGUAAGGCUUUUAGCUAAUUGGGGUGGACGCAGGGAGUAGUAUGGUCAUGAGGAGACCUGGCACAGCACUUCUGCUGUCUCCCUGGUUGCAGUUUGCCUGAUGUCCUUUUUUUUUUUUUGCUCCUGCUGGACUCUUGGGGAGCCCUCCAUGGCCUUCACUGUGUUCCCAGUGGGGGUCUGCUCCCCGCUCACAGGAGGUGGCACUGAGCGCUUUCCCCUUCCCUGGCACGUUCUGCCUGCACCUGCUGGCAGGGCUGGGGCCUUGGGGACCCCGAGGGGACAGGAACUCUGCUCCCCCCUGAGCACGGGGACAGGACGUCCCUGCCCUCUGCAGCUGGGGGGGCUCUUCCCAUCACCUGGUGCUGCUCCCCGGGGGGGGCUGCCGAACCUGACCCCCUCUCUUCUGUGUAUCGGAUCUGUACAUAACACUUUCACACGACUCUUUCUUUGAAGUUUUUGUCGAUUUGUAUCUUGGGGGUUGGUUCCUAAUAAAGCGUAGGCUCCUCA